AUGUCAGACGCUGACGACGUUGUCUUGGAUCUGGCAUUCUACCUGGCUCCGGCCGGGGAGGGCCACACAUCCCGGCGCCACGCGCACAAUUUGCGCCGGCAGACGGUGCAAACGGCCCUCGUCGAACACGACGAUGCCAUCGCCACGUCGGAGAUGACGGUGCUGCCGCUGAUGCAACAGCUUGAACGCAUUCUCCAGCAAAAGAGCAAGACGUCAGUGCAUCUGCUCCCGCCAGUGGCGGAGCCCGACACCGAAUCCGCCCCCGGCAGCGCCAGCGGCAGUGUCAGCGACGGGCUGCGGUCGCCGGGGUCUCCGUCCAGCGCCAGCGUCCACAGUGCCCGUCGCUCGCUUACAAACAGUAUGGCCUCGGAUCCUCGCCGCCCUCGGCCGUUGCGCCAACCGCUGAACGCGCCCCUGAUUCCUCAAUACGACCCCGAGCGGGUAUACGACCACAACCAAGCCUCCGCCAAUUCUAAUAAGCGGUUCCUCAAGAUAAGCGAGGCGGAAAGCCGGGCCGCCACCAGAAAGACGACGCCGCCCCCGACUAAGCCCAACCACACCCGGUCGGCGCCAUCGGUGCCAACCACCCAAUUCAGCGCCCCUCGCGAAAUCCCCCUAGAAUUCCCCGUAUCCCAAUCGUCAAACGCCUCGGUGUCGACAGAUAAACCGCUGCAGCCGCGCCAUACCCGCUCGAACCUGGCGUUCCUGUUUGCCCUGGUCCAACUCCUGAAAAAGCAUACUAAUCAAACGGUGUCUUCGCAAGCCACCGGGACCACGGCGUCGACGACAAAGCCGGGCGGCCGCAAGCGGUCGCUGACCCUAGAGCGUUUGCGGUUCCUGUCGUUUGGAAGCCUGCCGUCGCCCCAGCCGGCGCCGACGCCGCCAGAUUCUACGGCGGCAAACUCUUCUAAACGAAUCAUGCUGGAACAGCCGAAAAAGCGAGGGUUUUUCCGUUCCCUUUUCAAGAGCCGGUCCAAGCUGCUGCUCGUCGAGUCCCACCUGCUCCCCGAUGUGCUGGGGAUGUCGGAUAAUUCACAGUCCAAACGACCGCUAAAACGACCGGCGCCAUCGACCCAGCAACCUCGGGCGGACGAGGCACAGAAGAAAAAGACGGUAUCGCCGAAAAGCUCAUUGCCCCGCUUAAACCCAUUGAAGAUGAGACCCAAAAGUGAGAUAUUCUCGAAGUCAACCCCGGUGAAAGGGUAUCCGGAAAAGGUCACUGUACCCAAAGCCAGUACAUUCAAUCUCAAUACUUCCAAGAUACCAAACUCAUCUAACUCGGACUCUUUCACCCCCCCUACAGCACUGAAACCCCAACCACCAGGUCCUCUGAUCAACACGCAAGAGCCGGUGGUGGCUGCUCCUACCGUUGCUAAAGCGGACACUGACAAUCCUGAGCCGAAAUACCAGCCGAUGACACUUGAUCCCUCGAGAUCGCGGCCUCAGUCACCCAUCGAUAAUAGUCUCCGCUCAUUGGCUCCCCCGGCACUGCCGCCACCUCAUAUAUUUAGCCCUGGCCUGCCUAUAAUCGGAAGCGUCACCGAUGACCUGCUUUUGGAUGACUUUGAUGUGCUGCUGGCCCUGUUUGAAUACCGCGACGACCCCCCGCAGAAGCUCUCGUUGGCUCGUCGCACCCCCGAACCGGAAUCAUCAUCCAUUGGCGGUGACUACCGAUCUUUGGACCACUCUCCUGGUCAUGGAUUUGGAUCUUCGCCGUCACCACCCCUUCGGUCGCCCACCACUCGUCGUCAUCGGCCAGCGGCUAAUGUUGCGAAUGGAGGUCCCAGUGGCCGGUUUUCGGGCAAAAAUACAAACGCAAGUGAUGAAAACACUGCGUUCCUUGAUGUUCCUCAAAGCGGUGGUGGUAACCCGCAAUUUGUGGCGCCGUUCUCUCGCGUGACCUCAACUAGUCUGCGGGUGCUGAGGGGUCUGAUGGAGCUGAAGAAGGACGCUCUUUUGGGAGAGGCGCUCUUCCCCAAACUGCUCAACGCUCAGGAGGUUGAGCUGAUCGUGCUGCUUGAAAGACUGCGACUGAUGCGCCUGGUCCGUCUGAAUAAACGCCUGCUGUUUGUGGGUUAUUCAGGCGACCUGGAAAACAUCACCCACAUCCCUGGGGUACUGCUGCCGCUGCAAAUGGUGAACAACCUUCCCGUAAAGCGACUGCUGCUGAUUUUGAAGCACUCACUGCUGCGGCGUCUGAUCCGUCUGCGUCAAGGCCUGAUGCCGACACCCGCGCUGGCCAUGCUGGACGCUAGGGGCAGUGAUGAAGGCGAUUUCAGUGAGUUUUCUGACUUCAUGGAUAUAGACAACGUCCUGUUCAACCAACUGCCCAUUGUCACGGCUCGUGCCCUGGCAACGUCGCUGCCGGCACUCAUUCAAGUCGCAGGGGCACUGCCGGUACCGAUUCUGGCGGACCAUCUCGAUGCCGUGCUUGCACAGGCAACGCAAAAUACGCUGGCACCACCAGUACCACCAGCGUUGCUGAUACAAGCACCCCUUCAAGCCGCGCUUCAGCAGGCCCAGCAACCCCACAUCCUGUUUGAUGACCCCUCGUCACCCACUGACCUCAGCGACGUCACCGAGGAAAGCGGUGCUCACAGUCCUGAGAGUGGGGCUGUCAAUAAAAAAGGAACUGCAGUUCUUUCGCUGACGCUGCUGAGGCAAGACGAGACCCCAUUGCCUGAACCCAAGGUCCUGCCUCCAAUUUCCUCGGGUGUUGUCCCUUCCCCUCCUGUUGCACCGAUGACCUCAAUGGCGCCUUUAAGUCCAUCCUCGCUGGUGCUGUCAGAAACCAGCGCUGCGUACUCGCCCAUUCUCCAUACUGCGGUAAAAAUGCUGCCAGUGAUCGAUGGACACCUCAACAACCGGCCCAUUCUGAUGUCGUUCCGCCUGGGUGGCCAGGGUCUGCUGUUCUCUCGGGCAAAUGCAUUUGCAGGUUUUGCAAUGCAGGGUCUGGGUUCCCACCAGCUGUUCACCAUGCUGCUCGACGAGCUGGACUACUCUGUUGGAGGUGGAUUUGGUCUGGAUCUGGAUGACGAUGUCAUUGCUGCGCCUAGAGCGCCAGCUAUUGUCACGCCCAAGCUGCGGGUAAAAUCUUCCCCUGUCAAUAACAAACCUGUGGUCCACCCGGCGGCUCCCGUGGCGCCUCUGGUAGCAUCGAAGCUGGACUCACCCAGACUGUUCACGCUGAUGUUCAGUCGCAAGCUUCACAAAAAGCAGUCUCAAGCGCUGAUGACGCUGGCGCGUAUGGUUAUUCCCGAACCGCCUCAACCAAUGCCGGCGGUAAGAUUCUCCUCGCGAAUUAUCUUGUAUGACACCUACAAUGGCGAAGAGUACGACCGCCAUCCCGAUACCGCAACCUGUAAUCAAUUGACUCCGGCACUUGCUCAACAGAUCAAGGAGGAGCUCAACGCUCUCAAGAGUCAAAUGGAAAUUCACAUCGAGAGUCGCUGCAACACUCAUUUCUUCUGA